GCAAGCCUUGAGAUAAACAAGUUCUUCCUGUUCAGAGCAGCAAAAGAGAUAAAAAUGGUGAAGAUCUGCUGCAUUGGAGCUGGGUAUGUUGGAGGGCCAACAAUGGCAGUCAUUGCCCUGAAGUGCCCCACCAUUGAAGUAGUUGUUGUCGACAUCUCCGUCGCUAGGAUAGCCGCCUGGAACAGUGACCAGCUGCCCAUAUAUGAGCCAGGCCUUGAUGAAGUCGUGAAGCAAUGCAGGGAGAAGAACCUCUUCUUCAGCACCAAUGUUGAAAGGCACGUCUCAGAAGCAGACAUCAUCUUUGUUUCAGUCAACACCCCGACCAAAACCAGGGGACUAGGGGCUGGAAAGGCAGCAGACUUGACAUAUUGGGAAAGCGCUGCCAGGAUGAUCGCUGACGUAUCGAAAUCCGACAAGAUUGUGGUCGAGAAAUCAACUGUUCCUGUGAAAACAGCAGAGGCAAUCGAGAAGAUCCUCAACCACAAUAGCAGAGGCGUCAGCUUUCAAAUUCUGUCGAAUCCGGAGUUUCUUGCAGAAGGAACUGCAAUCCAGGACCUUUUUAAUCCUGACAGAGUUCUCAUUGGGGGAAGAGAAACCCCUGAGGGCCAGAAGGCAAUCAAGGCAUUGAAAGAUGUUUAUGCUCAUUGGGUGCCCCAAGACAGGAUAAUUUGCACCAAUCUCUGGUCGGCCGAGCUCUCAAAGCUGGCUGCCAACGCCUUCUUGGCUCAGAGGAUUUCAUCCAUCAAUGCCAUGUCUGCUCUGUGUGAAGCAACUGGGGCUGAAGUUUCACAGGUUGCCAAUGCCAUAGGCAAGGACACGAGAAUCGGCUCCAAGUUCCUGAACGCCAGUGUCGGGUUUGGAGGAUCAUGCUUUCAGAAGGACAUGCUCAAUUUGAUCUACAUAUGCGAGUGUAAUGGCCUCACUGAUGUUGCAAACUAUUGGAAGCAAGUCAUCAAGGUGAACGACUACCAGAAGACCCGAUUUGUGAACCGGGUUGUUUCCUCCAUGUUCAACACUGUUUCAGGCAAGAAGAUUGCCAUUCUCGGCUUUGCCUUCAAGAAAGACACCGGCGACACAAGGGAAACUCCAGCAAUUGAUGUGAGCAAGGGGCUACUUGGGGACAAAGCCCGGCUGAGUAUAUACGACCCUCAGGUUACAAAAGAUCAGAUUAUGAAGGAUCUGUCCAUGGACAAGUUUUACUGGGACCAUCCCAUCCACCUGCAGCCGAUGAGUCCUUCCUCCGUGAACCAAGUGAGUGUAGCUUGGGAUGCUUAUGAGGCCACCAAGGAUGCUCAUGGCCUCUGCAUUCUCACUGAAUGGGACGAAUUCAAGACGCUGGACUACCAGAGGAUCUUUGACAGAAUGCGAAAGCCUGCUUUUGUGUUUGAUGGCCGAAACAUUGUGGAUGUUCAGAAGCUGAGGGAGAUUGGAUUCAUUGUCUACUCCAUUGGGAAGCCACUGGAUCCAUGGCUCAAGGACUUGCCUGCCGUGGCCUAAGGUGAAGAAUGUGGGAAACUUUUAACUCGCUUCAAUCUCAGAAAUAAUUACAUUAAGAGAGACAGGUUCUUGUCCUUCUAAAUGUCUCUUUACUUCAAUGCCCCAUCAGCUCUAAUAUUGAAUCAUAAAUUUGCUUCUGUAGCCUACCUUCUCACCUGUGAUACAUAUAGUUAGUUUCACAGUUGUGUUUCCUUCUUAUGUAAUGUGGUGAUAAUGAAACUUGAAAAGCUUUAUUCUUAUCCAGCACAUAGCUUGAUGCAUAAGAGGAAAUGAA